GGCGGCGGCAGCUGCAGCCGCUGCUUUUCCCCGGGUGUCCAGCGGCUGCACGCGCAGGUUGGCGGACGAGGCAGUCGGGUACUGGACCGAUGUGGCGCAUGCGUGGUGCCGCAGCCAGGCCUUGGGGCUGCGGCGGCGGCGGCGGCGACGGCAGCGAUGGCGGGAGUAGUUGUGGUCACAGCCAGGAGCGUUUGGGCCGGGCGCUCGGAGGGGCCGGCGGCGGCGGCUGCUGCUGCCGCGCUGGUUGGAGAGGCCGCGCGGGCGGUGCCCGCCAGCAGCUGGAGGAGCGGUUCGCGGACCUGGCCGCGAGCCACCAGGAGGCGAUCCGUGCGCGGGAUGAGCGGGACCGGCAGAACGCGCGGCUGCGCGAGGAGAACGGGCGCCUACGGCUCGAGAACCGGCGGCUGAAGCGCGAAAACCGCAGCCUCUUCCGGCAGGCGCUGCAGCGGCAGGACGAGGAGCAGCCCAAGGAGCCUAUGCGGGCCCCAGGUGCGGCUGGGGGAGGGGAGCAUCGCGAGCCAGACCAGGAAGAGGAAAAUGGAGGUUCCCUGGAGGUCGGCGGCCACGCCCGGGGCGUUGGGGCGGACCAGAAAGAGCGGAGAGCUGGAGGCGGCCCGGAAGAGCCCGGGAGCCCCCGGGCCUUAAGGGCCCGCCUCGAGAAGUUGGAGGCCAUGUACCGCCGGGCCCUGCUGCAGCUGCACCACGAACAGCAGUGGCAGCACCGUCGGGCCCAGGCCCAGAAGGCGGAGGCAAAGGAGGGGGAUGAAGAACAGCGGCUUCAGCUGGAGAUCCGAGCUCCAGAUCCCGCACCCCUUCUCUAGUUACGCGGCCUGGGAGAGCAAGAGGCGGGGCUGCUUUCCUGACUGGAAUGGAGCGGGGAGCCCACCCCUUCCUUCCCCCGCCCCCGGGGCCCGCACCCUUGUCGUGGUCCAAAUGCAGACACUUGGAUGUCUCUCCUGAAAUACCAGAGAUCUGUGCAAAUGGUCACGUCCUUAGGCUUCCCGCCCCCCACCACCUUCCGCUCAGGGCCAGGGAGGGUUCCAUCCUUCAGUUGUAUUUAGAUGGAACCAGGCCUGGAGGCCCCGCGCCGGAGCCACACAAUCAGGGACACACUGGCUGCAGACUUGGCCUCUGCCAUGUGCCAGUGCCGGCUUUCUGUGUGAGAGCAUCAUAUGCUGCUUGUGCUUUUUAGGUGAAGUUACUUAAAAAAAAAAAAAGCAAACAUAAAACCAGCUAAGACAACUGGAUGCCAAGCUGUGCCUCCUAAUGACUGAACAGUCUCCUACUUCCUACCCUUCCCUAGUUUUUUCAGGACUUCUGUUUUGCCCCCUUUUGGUUCUUUGAGACUUGAAGGAACCUUUUUUUUGAGUUGGUUAGCCUGGUCAUUGACACAUUCUUUCUAAAGGGCCCAGCCAUUUCUUUUGAAUGUAGGCAGGGUUUAAUUAAAUAGGUGUUUUAAACUUAGAGUUUUGUUUUCUUUAAAAACCAUUUUAACGGAAAAUAAUCCAAAUUUAUAUUGUCUUUUGGUUCAAGCCUUAUUUCUGCUAGGUACGGAUUUAUUUACCCUGACCAUUUAAAAAUUUUUGCCUGUGGGGCAUUUGAAUAAGUAAAACAAGUUAAAUGAAAUAAAAUUUUGGUACACUAAUAAAGGUUUCCAGGACUGUUAUUUGUAGAUUACGUUUUGUAGCACUUCAUUUUAGAUGUAAAGUAUUUAUCAAAAUUAAUUUGCUUUAAAAAUGAUAUUCAAAGUUAAGCAGUUUUUAUAACAUUCAUAUUUUAGCAGCCAGUGUAGUUUAUUUUUUACUGUUAUUCAAGCACUUUUGGAAUUUUUAACUAGAUGUCAUAAAUUGACCAAAAAGUAUAAUUGAAUAGUUAGACAUAGUGAGGUAUAUGACACAUUUUUGAGAAGCUACAUACAGGUAAACCACUUAGUGAAAGCAGUUUCCUAUGCAUUUUUAUAGUAUGUGAAGCAGCAACUUCUUAAAGUGGUUGAGCUAACAAUUCCAGAUCAAGAAUUCAUUUCCUGAAUAGAUAUGAACUUUAUGAUGGAUAAGAACUUUAUGAUGACAAGGGGGAGAAUAUGUGUAGUUACUGCAUUUCACAUUUCUAUUAGUAUGUGACUUUAUGGGUGUCUCUAUGAACACACAUUUUGUACUUGGUCCUUGUUACAUACACAUACAUAGUUCAGUACCUUGUUCAAAUCACUUUUCCUUUCUGAUCAAGUAUUAAAAAGAAAUUGGUAAGAAGAUAAAAGCAAUAAGAAUGAUUUCCAUCCUAACACUUUCAUAAGAAUGAAAUAGGAACAAAUUUUGUCAUAUGGCAUAUAAAAAGAAGUAGCUUAUGUUGAGGAAAGAACCCUAGAUUUGGUGUUAAACUUGGAUUGGAAUAGAGACUACCUGUCUAAUCCUGGGGCAAGUCAGUCUUCCUGGGCCUCAGUUUUCUCACCUAUAAAAUUAGAGAGUUGGCCUAUGUGAUUUUCAGAGAAGUUAUAAAUCACAUUUAUAUACUCAUGAUAAGAAUAGUAACAUCUUGAAGACUUGUAGAAAUAAAUCUUGAAAAAUCUGUGAAAUUGCUUUUCGGCCUAGUAUUAAUUCAUAUCUUUUCAAACAAUAUCUUCUGCCAAGAGACUUAUAGAUAUUAUCUUACUAAUGUAGUUAUGAAAUUAAUUCCAAAUUUUAUUAUUACUUUUGUGCAGGUGGGGAAAUGUGUUAAGUAAUUCAUUUAAGGUCAAAGUUCACAUUAAACCAUGACAAAUAUGGAAAUAUAAUGAAAGACUAAUAAUUACAGAAAAAUAAAACCACCUAACAUGCAAAUACUGAUACUCAUGUCUCUAGAAUAUUUUUACUGUAUAAGUAAUAGCGACUGCUAGCAACAAACCUACCUAGUGGUAAAGUUGUUAUGUAAAAUGUAGCCAAAAAAUUUCAUGAAGGCUUCCAAGCAUAGUUCAUGAAAAGCAUUAAAAAAAAAUAAUUUGCAAACGAUGUAUAUUUAAACUUUUAAGUUUGCUAAAAUGGAUUAAGUAUGGUAGUGUUUUGUUGUAAAAAUAUGUUAUUAAAGUAGUGUGUAAAAUAGAUAUCUUAAGGGUGUGAACUCUGGUAGUUUGAGUUAAGGCAGUAGAUCUAUAGCAUCUAAAAUGGAAAACUAAUACAUAAUUGCAGGUUAUGACACGUUUUAUGCUUUUAAUUUUUUAUCAUUUUAGAUUAACUUUUAGACAUUGAAUGGAAAUCAAGGCUAUUAUUAAAAA